GUCAGUGCUCGGCUUGAUCAACUCGGUGCAUCUCGUUUCCGUUUGUUUUGUUUACGUUUUAUUAUCUGUCUUUAUUUUAUUAAUUAAUCGUGGAUUUAGAAAAUAAAGUAAACGAGACACAGUUACUAAAGUGAAGUGCAGUGCUUUAUAUCAAAACAUUCGAUUCACAUAGUUUGCUUGAUUGAAUCAUCGGUUUAAGUUUUGGUUCUUAUUUUGUGCAUAAUUAAGUUUUUGUAUUGUGUUUAUUGACUUUUUACUGAUUUAAAUUAGCGUUUGUUUGUGUACCUAUUUGAAUUGAGCACGAUGAUCCUUAAUGGAGCGACAGGAUUGGCUGCUUCGACGCCGCGAUGACGUGAUCCUGAUUCCGAUUCGCGGAGAGACGUCAACUUUGCUGAGAUUGGUCGAAAAUGUCCGGUCUCCAGGCUAGAAACGAAGAAGCCAUCAAUGGAGUUGACGUCAGGGAGCAAGGCAGUGCUUUGAGGGUGGCGACCAACACUCCGCAUCUGGUGAGCCUGGGUACUGGGCGAUUGAGUACGGCUGUCACGCUACAUCCCAUCAAACAGGGUCGGGUGACGAUAGGCUCUGACCCGACUUGCGACAUCUACGUGGUGGGCACAGGCGUGUCUCCCAUCCACUGUCGCGUGGAGAACUCCCACGGCGUCGUCACUCUGUAUCCUAUAAGUGGGAGUACGUUGCUGGAUGGCUUGGCUGUGGAUAAGCCCACUCGGCUCUCUCAGGGGAGUAUGUUGACAAUAGGACGGUCGAAUUACCUCCGUUUCAACCAUCCUGAGGAAGCGAAAUUGAUGAAGUCGGUGCUUCCCUCCGCUCACGUUUCCAUGGCGCCCAUACAGUUCACGCCCAAUGAUCAAUGCCUGCCUACUGGUUACCAGAAUCACCACUCCGAGCCAAGCAACCAAUGUUACCAGAACGCCAAUCAUCAGAAAAUGUACAAAGAGCACACCCUCUCACAACUCGACCAAGAACUGGACAUGACUCUCAAAGAUCUUUCCAGAAAAAAACCACCCGUUGCACCCAGAAAGCCUUACAGAGACCUUGAAUCAGACUCGAACUCAGACCAAGAAGCCAAACCUAAAGUGUCCAGUAUUAUGGCUAAAGUCUCAAAAUUCGAAUAUUACGCUAAACAACAAAAAGUUGGCAGAAGUCAAUUCUAUACGUCGACUGAAAAUGAAAUAUCACCAAAAGUAUUCAGCUCGAAUUCUCUAACAGUCAACACACCAGCUAAAGAUGUUUUAGGAGGGAAAAACGUACCAAAUUAUAUUAAAGUUAAAGAAAAGGUUGUACAUAUCAAUGAUAAUAAUUUAGACCCGAGGAAAUGCUCGUACGCGAAUGUUGCUAUAAGAAACAAGAAGAUAGACGAUAUAGUUAGGAAUUUCGAUGAUCCCAGAAACGAUUUCCGUUUUCCGAAAAAAGUUAAUAACGAUCAGCAGAAUUCUGAUAAUAUUUACGGAAAAAUCAAUGUUAAAUGUGAUCACAAUGAUAAGAAUAAUGUCGAAAAUGCAAAGAGUAAUUCUGAAAUUGCUAAAAAUAAUGCGGAAACUGCUAGAAAUUUGGAGAUUGUUCUAGAACAGUCCAUAAAUGAUGCGUAUGGGAAGGUGUGUGAGAGGGGUGUGGGUAAAUGUAUUACGUUGCCCUCACCGGCCUUCGAUAGAAAUCCACAAUAUUCGCCGGUGUAUGCGGGACAUUAUGACAGGAGUUUGGACGCUGAGACCAAGAGAUUGAAGGCGUACCAGGACAGGGUAAAGGAGGAGGAGCAAAAAGAAGCGGAAACAGCCCGUUUAGAAGAAAUUCUCAAUAUGUGCGCGGAAUAUGAGAGACAAAUUGCAUCCGGCAACCCCAUCACUCCGACCGAGAAACGACCUCACAACAAGAUCAUAACGAACGGAUCUCUGCCGCGGAGCGUCGCUUUGAACAACCCCAACUUCGUUCAGACCAGCGAUGGUUAUUAUAAAUUCGAUACUAGUCACAACCGCAACAAUUCACUCAGCCAAUCCCUCCCUAUGCAAAGAAACCUAUCGAGUUACGAAAAUUUCGACCCACAAUCUCCUCUAGACCAAUCCACUCCAGAAGUGACCAUACGACACCAAAGUAACUACGAAAAUGUUGGCAGAAUGGAUGAAAUAGGUAUACCUGUCUUCGAUUCACCAAUAAAAGAAUUAUCUAGUCCUAUAAUCAUAAGAAAAAUUAAUAACCAAAGCGGUGAUAGAACGGUAACAUCUCCUGCAGGAAGCCCCUAUGAAAACAUGUACUUUAACAGGAAUAAUGUCUAUGGGAAUUUAAAACCUAAAUCUCCUAACACCCAAAGCCCUAGGACUAGAAUUAAAACUACAUUUGCACAUAAAAAUCUACCGUCCCCUCAGUAUUUUAUAUUCCCCACUCCUCCGCCUAAAGAUAAUGAAAACAAACCUGAUUUUAUUAAAAACGGUACGAAAGAUAGUGUUACAGAUGAUUCAAAGAGUAAUAUUGGUGGUAUUGAAAAACAAUUGAGUUUAGAAGAAGAGAUACCAAUGAUUGAUGAUUCUGAUAUCACAAACGAUAUUGAAUUCAGAUGUUCUAAAAUAAUGGAUAAAAAAGAUGAUACCUCUAAACCAGAAGCGGUUGCAGUAGACAGAGAAAUUACGCUAACAAAAAAUCAGAGUUUUGAUGAUGUCAAAAAAGAACUGAUGGCUGAUAUACCAGAGUUAGAGGAAUUUGAGAAUGAUUUGAAACAAAAUAAGCAAGAAAAGUUAAUGAAACAUAUCACUGAAGAUAUGAAAAAGAUUGAUGUUGAAGCCGAUUCGAUUGAAAGUACAGUUUUGGAUGACAAUGUAGAUGAAUUGAAGGCCAAAUUUGACAGUUUAAAAGAGGAAAGAAAGAAAUUAGUUGCAGAAAUUCACGAUAUCAAAUGUAAGAUGUCUGAAAUCAGAUCACAAGAAGAUGAUAUAUUAAGAGAGCUUGAAAUGGAAAAGGCAUUGAUCAAAGGAGAGUACGAUUCGGAAAUAGCAAUUUUGAAUAUAGAACAGAAGAAAAGGGUGGAGUUAUUGGAGAGGGCGAGAAAGAUAGAGGAAGACAUCAAGCAAAUGAAAGAGAGGCAAGAGUCGAGACAGAAUGAGAUGAAAGAUAGAGUUGAAAUUGCUACCACGAAAGUUGAAAGAUUGGAGAAAGAUAUGAAAGGCAACGCGGCCACGUUGGAAGAAUUGCAGAACGCUCAAGACAUAUUGGACAACGAGACUAAGAUAUUCGAAGAUUUGGAAUUUCAACACUUAGAAGAGGAAUCUGAACUAUUGGCAAACAGGGAAGAUCUCCAAAACGAAAUAAUGGUGCUAUCGAAGAAAAUCGAAUCGCAAAAAUCAAGAAUCCUCACAUUAAAAUCUGAAGCGAACAGCAAUCUCACUUCGGCGUUAGACGAGACCAAAGUUUUAAGAGCAGAAUACACCAGACUGCUGAAUCUAGUUGAAGAUCUAACUGGCAAAGUGCAAGGCAUAGAAAAAGAUUUAAAACCAAUAGUAGCCAAACUAAAUUAUAUAGAAAGGACCCAAUCACCAGAUAGCGCAUUUUUCACAGACAUGACUAGAGCGAAAUCCGGCGAAUUCGGAUAUUCCCCACAAAGUUCUGAUAGUGACGAUCUAGAUCUUAAUAAAAUAUCCGAAGAUCAUUCGAAAAAUCUCAAAGACAAGUUCAACUCUAUAGAUCGAAUGUCACAAUCUAUGAUUGUAGAUAUCGAGAGGAGAGUGGGAGACGUUGUCGAUGACAGAACAAGCGAAAGUCCGUCUAAGUCUUCAACUUCUUCAAAGGAGAAGAAAGGAUUUUGGGAGAGGAACUUCGACUCACUAAAGCGAAAGAAAAAACAGAAAUCGCCCGAGAAAGUGGACUUAAUGUCGCAGAGUCUAAACGAGAAUAUGUUUUACAACAACGAAAAUAUUGAAAACGAUUUCGAUAAGUUUAACAGUUUGAGAAAUUCAAAAAAGAAGAAAGAUUCUGCUGGUCCUAUUAAGAGCAGUUCCUCAUCGAAAAUUCCGACUUUCGCUGCUUUAGGGAAAAUUAUUAAGAAAGAUUCGUUCGGUAAGCGAUCUAGAGAGAACAGUAUUAAGAAUGACGAUAUUAGUGAGAAUAAUGUUAAGAACCGUUACGUAAAAAACGCAAAGCCUGUUUCAGCUGAGAAUAAAUACGUGAAAGCGAAAUCUCUUUCUCCUGAUAAGAAUAAAGAAGAAGAAACGAUUACUGAAGAAACAAGCGAAGAAGUUAACGGUGACAAAUUUAAUGCGACAUUCGAUGUUAUACGACAGAAUUCGGUUGAUGAUAAAAAGAAAGUGUUGCAUAGGAAGAGUUGUGGUGAUGAGCCUAAUGUUAAAAUGGAGUUUGCUAAGAUUUCCGAUUCUGGGAAGAUUCCUUCGCAAGAUGACAUUGACAGGAUAUCGAAAGUGACGAUUGAUGCCCCGAUCCUGUCGAGUGAUACGGACAUGAAUUCCUUAGGGAAGAGGACGUUGGAUAGCUUGAUGGAGAUUGAGAGGAGACGGAUGGAGAUGUUGGAAGAACAAGGUUGCCAAGUUAUAGAGAACGAACGCGAGAAGAUCUCCGAGCUGAAGCGUCGCGUCCAAGACGAGACCAAGAAGUUGUGGGACCAGAGGUACCGGUCGGAACAAUCUAGAUCAUUGGACAGCGACGGUCUGCCGUACGACGAUAGGACGGAACGUGUCGGGACUAGUCUGGAUGAUUCCUUUGUCAUGAAUUCCAGCGUUUUUGAUGAGAGUUCCGGUCUUAUGUCUUCGUCCAUCGAAGAGUUACAAGUGGGCCCGCGGGCCGACUCCACGGAGGAUGACAAGCGGAGCGACGACAGCAGGCCGCUCAGCCACGCGUCCGACUUCAGCAGGGACAAUAUACUAUCGCUCAGCAACGCGCCGCGUCGGAGCCGCCGCGGCAUCGCGCCCUACAGCGACCUCCAGCGCCCGCUCACGAGGUACCUACCCGUUGACAGAGACGACUUCGAUCUGCGCAGGCACGUCGAAUCUGCUGGCCACCAGUUGGAGGUGUGCCCCUACGUGACCAUCAACUCCACGUCGUGUCGCGGCUACCUCCACAAACUCGGCGCCACCUUCCACACUUGGUCCAAACGGUGGUUCGUUUUCGACCGAGAAACGAAGACGUUCAUUUACUACUGGGACAAGAGUGAGAAGAAACCGCGCGGCGGCGCUUACUUUCAGGUAAUUGAAGAAGUAUAUUUGGACCACGGCAACACUUCCCGGUCGCCGAGCCCGCAGACCACGUUCAUAGUGAAGACCCGCCAGCGGCGCUACUAUCUCAUGGCGGCGGCCGGGGAGGCGGCGCGCAUCUGGAUCGACGUCAUAUUCACGGGCGCGCAAGGCUACACGGAAUAUUUGGAAUGAAGAUAAAUUUGCCAACAUUUUGGGUAAAAUUCGACUUUGUGACAGCUGAAAAGCUGUUUUUUUUUUUUUUGGUUACUGUUUUUUAGGUACCACUCUUUUUUGGGGUGGGUUAGCAUGUUAUGCAAAUCUACGAUAAAUAAUGGCAGAUUUAAACGGAUUUUCUGAAUUAUGAGUAAACUUAUUGAACAGGUGUCUAAAUGAAAUGAAAACUACAAAUAAAUUGUAAUCAUGGCGCAAACUUGAGCAAAUUUUUAAGUUUUUUUUUUAAAUGAAGUUAAGGAACUUGCAAUUUCAUUAUUCGAAUUAUGAAUACUUACUAUUAUGAUUUCAAUGUGAGAAAUACAAGCAGAUGUUAAUUUAUUCCAUUCCAAGCCACAAUGAAACAAGUAUUAUGAGAUUAAAAUAUAUUUCAUUUAUUUAAUGUCAAUUGAUAAAGUAACUUCGGUAAUUACAACAAAAUGAAUGCUGUAACAUAUGGUUCUUAAAAAUUAUCUAUACAUCGUUUACUAUUAGUAUUAUAUAUUUAAACCUGGGCAGCUAACUUUACAAUUGCUCCGAUAAAAUCAUUAAAUAUUGUAUUUGGAAUGUUUAAUUUUAAGUAUACAAAUGGCACAUCAAAUUAUAUUAUGAAAUUGAUCAUCACUAUAUUUUUAUAGUACCUAUUUUGUUAAAAUGAAUCUGACGCAUCUAUAACUUUUACUUCUGUGUCACAAAUGUGCGUGUGAAAGAGAAAAAUAGUCUUGCUAAGUGCCAACUUUUAAACCAAGCGUGUGAAGUACAAUGUUGUACAUUAGUUUUAAGUAAAAACAUAUAUUUUGUCAUCUUGAACCAUUGCUAUAUUAUAUACUAUGCUAUGAAUUAUAUACAGACAAUAAAAUUCGUGCCAACCAAUAGAAUUUAAACGAAAAAUGGGGGCGCUAUUUUUAUACAUUUUAUACAAAAUUUAAAGUAUUAUCGGUGCCUUGACGAAGACUGAUAAAUUACUACAAUAUUUUAUUAAAAUUAUGCAUGCGAAAUAUAAAACUGAAUUGAAAAAAAAAUAUGAUCAUUUACGAAAUAAAAGUAUAUGUAUUAAUUAAUUAUACACACUUAAAAUUAAUUAUGCACGCUUACUAUGGGAAUAUUAUGUUACCAAUAUGUAUUUUAAUUGUGUGAUUAAGUAUUUGAUUAAUUUGUGAUCAGAUUUUUCGUGGGUUGUGUAUGAAAUAUGUAAAGUAGAAAUGGUGAUUCAAAUCAUGGAUUUUAUUCGUUUGUCAUUUUAUGAUAUGUUUGUCCAAAAAACGUUGUAAAAUCUUAACGUUGUCAAUUAAUAUAACAAGAUAAAAUUGAAUUAAGUACAAAAUCGUAAUAUUUGGUUAACGAACUAAAAUACCAGUGUAAAAUAGUAAGGUUUGCAUAGGUUAACGUCUGAAUACCAUUAAUUUUAAGGUCACAUUAACCAUCCGAAUAAAAUUAUUGUAUCGUGAAAUAAUUGUCUUAUUUUUGUCUAU